AUGACAGCGGCCGCCGUCGAAGCCGACGGCGAGAGGAAGGCCGACCUACUCGUGCGGGAUGACGCGCCCAAGCUGCUCGCGGCGCUGAAGGAGAUGAAGGACGGGCUGGACCUCGUCAGGUCCAAAGUCGAGUCCCUUACCCGGAAGGUGCGGAAGGGCCAGCUGCCGACGGGCGAUGGGAUCGGGUACCUGGAGGCCAAGCACCACCUGCUGCUCGGCUACUGCCAGGACCUCGUCUACUACCUGCUCCGCAAGGCCAAGGGCCUCUCCGUCGACGGCCACCCCGUCGUGCGCAGCCUUGUCGAGAUCAGGCUCUUCCUCGAGAAGAUUCGCCCGAUAGACAAGAAGAUGGAGUACCAGAUCCAGAAGCUCACCAACGCUGCGGAUAGCGCCGCUGCCCAGGACAAGGUACCGGAUGCCCAACCCGUGCAGCAACAGGGCGAGGAUGACCUGUUGAGGUAUCGGCCCAACCCGGAUAUGAUGGAUACCAAGCUUGCUACUGAUGGACAGGGCAAUAAUGGUGGUAUCUACCGUCCUCCGAAGAUUCAGCCAGUUAGUAUGGAAGAUAGGCGUAGUAAAGACAAUUCAAGGAGAGAGGAGGCAUUAGCCCGUAAGGCAAUGGAUAAUCCUUAUCUCAAGGAGAUGAUUGAUGCUGCUGCUGAUAGGCCGGAAGAGUGGAAGGAAAGCGCGGGAGAUGAAAGCAAAGAAUAUUUGAAUUACACGCGGCGCAGAGAGCAGCAAGAGAAAGCAGAACAGGAGAUGUUCACUAGAGCUCCCGUAACCAAACGUGAAAAAUACAUGGAGAAGCAGAUGAUUAAGCAGCUUAAUGACGUACAAGGACUAACCGAUGGAUUCGACCUUGGAAUGAACAUGCUGCUUGAUGGAGACAAGGAAGACGACGGUGGUGCUAGUGAGCCGCGUAGCAGGAGCGCGGGGUGGAAAAAACACCAGAAAGGCGGCAGGAAGAGGAAGAGGAAUUAGUUCAAGCCUUUGAAGUCAAUGUAAAACAUAAGUUUUGAUACACGUGAAACUGGACGUUUUUGCACCAUAGAAGUAGGCAUCAGUUUUGUGCAUCUGUCUAGAAACAUCAAGUUGUGUCCUUCAGAUGACUGUCAGCUUGUCAUAUGUGUUUAUGCAAUUAUGCUCAAGUGUUUGUGUUGGUUUC